AUGGAUUUCUGUUGCCAAGGCUCACAGGAAGAAACUUCAGUAACUAUUAGCCACGAAGUAGUUUCUCAAAUGCCGUGUUGCCCAGGCUGGCCUUGAACUCCCGGUCUCAAGCUCCCUUAAACUGAAAUUACACGAUGUUCCAAAUUCCACAGCUACUGUUCUUUAGAAAAAAAAAUUGCCUCCCUUCAGGCCCACAGGUCAUUCGACACCAACUCUGGGCAGUCCCACGGUAGCUCCAGAUACUUCUGCAAACCGGACUCACAGUGACCUCCCCAGCGCGGCAGUUCCAGCAUUCUUCACUAUUGGUUUCUGUACCUCUGUCAACUUGAGUUCCGGCACUCGAGCUUGAUGCUAACCACCUCAUUUCUCCCCCAUCCUUAACCCUUCCCUUCCCGUAGGCUAAGGAAAGACUCAGAUUAUGCACCGGAAGUUAGUGCAAUGAAAUUUUUAACUGCCUCUAUGAGGCACCCAAAACAACUAACAAUUCUACUCAUUGACGAACCAGCCCGUACUCCUAAGGCGCUUGCUCGUAUAUUUGGGGACAGUCAAAAAUCAGACAAGGCUGAGCUUUACGCAAGAUCAUGCCAGUGGUCAAAACCCACCCAAACCCAACCCAAAACCAGCCGUGUUCUCCGAGCCCGGCUGCCACCGCCCAUCCCGGCGGUGCAGCCAGGGCAGCGCAGACCCGGGCCCACCCAGCUGAGGUCCCGCUCCUCUCACGGCGGCGUGGCGCGGGCCCCGGGACCUCGCGCCACUGGCUCCGCCCCUCACCACGCGUGGGAACGCGGCGCCCUGCCCUGAGCUGCCCACUGCGCCCGCCUGCGCGGGCUCCCGCUGCGUCCGCCAUGGCCUGCUCCUCGCUGCCGCCGUCUCUAGCUAGCCGUUGUCUUCCCGCUGCCCGGCCCGCGCAGAGGCCAGCGCCCGCGGAGCGCGCCGCCAAGCUCCCCUUUCCCGCCCGGCAGCGCCGCGGCCGCCUCACAUCCGGGCGCGCGGCGGCGAGGGCGGUGCUGGGGCCGCGGUGCAAAAAAAUUGUAGACCAAGAAGCCAUGGAUAAAAGAGGUGUGGGUGAAACCGAAAAUGGAGACGCUUUCCUUGAUGUGAAGAAACUGCCCACCUCCAAAUCCCCCCAUCGCUACACAAAAGAGGAGCUCUUGGAUAUAAAAGAACGCCCAUAUUCCAAACAGAGGCCAUCAUGCCUCUCUGAAAAAUACGACAGUGAUGGUGUCUGGGAUCCUGAAAAGUGGCAUGCCUCUCUCUACCCAGCUUCAGGGCGGAGCUCACCAGUGGAAAGUCUGAAGAAAGAGUCAGAUACAGACCGCCCUUCCCUGGUGCGCAGAAUAGCCGAUCCACGAGAGCGCGUGAAAGAAGAUGACUUAGAUGUUGUUCUCAGCCCACAGAGACGAAGCUUUGGAGGGGGCUGCCACGUGACGGCUGCUGUUAGCUCCCGACGCUCUGGAAGUCCUUUGGAGAAAGACAGUGAUGGGCUUCGCCUGCUUGGUGGACGAAGGAUUGGCAGUGGGAGGAUAAUCUCUACCCGGACCUUUGAGAAGGACCAUCGUCUUAACGAUAAGGACCUGCGAGACUUAAGAGAUAGAGACCGCGAGAGGGACUACAAGGACAAGCGUUUCAGGAGGGAGUUUGGGGAUAGUAAACGUGUCUUUGGUGAACGUAGAAGAAAUGAUUCGUACACUGAAGAAGAACCAGAGUGGUUCUCAGCUGGACCCACAAGUCAGUCUGAAACCAUUGAACUGACUGGCUUCGACGAUAAGAUGCUAGAAGAAGAUCACAAAGGUAGAAAAAGAACAAGGCGAAGGACGGCCUCUGUGAAGGAAGGCUUAGUGGAGUGCAAUGGAGGGAUGGCUGAAGAAGACGAAGUGGAAGUCAUCCUGGCCCAGGAACCCUCUGCUGACCAGGAAGUACCAAGGGAUGCUGUCUUGCCAGAGCAGUCCCCAGGAGAAUUUGACUUUAAUGAGUUCUUUAACCUUGACAAGGUGCCGUGCUUGGCUUCGAUGAUAGAAGAUGUUUUGGGAGAAGGGUCAGUGUCUGCCAGUCGGUUUAGCAGGUGGUUCUCGAACCCAAGCCAGUCAGGAAGCAGGUCCAGCAGCCUUGGAUCAACACCACAUGAAGAGCUGGAAAGACUCGCAGGUCUGGAACAAGCCAUCCUCUCUCCUGGACAGAACUCGGGCAAUUAUUUUGCUCCUAUACCAUUGGAAGACCAUGCUGAAAAUAAAGUGGACAUUUUAGAAAUGCUACAGAAAGCCAAAGUGGAUUUAAAACCUCUUCUUUCUAGCUUGUCUGCAAAUAAAGAAAAACUUAAGGAAAGCUCACAUUCAGGGGUUGUGCUUUCAGUAGAAGAGGUAGAAGCAGGACUCAAGGGCUUGAAGGUAGACCAGCAAGUGAAGAAUUCAACUCCCUUCAUGGCAGAGCAUUUAGAGGAGACCCUGAGUUCUGUAACCAGUAAUCGACAACUCAAGAAAGAUGGAGAUAUGACUGCAUUCAACAAACUAGUGAGCACCAUGAAGGCAAGUGGGACAUUGCCUUCUCAGCCCAAAGUCGGUCGAAACCUUGAAAGCCAUUUAUUGGCCCCUGCUGAGAUUCCAGGCCAGCCUGUCCCUAAGAAUAUCCUACAGGAACUUCUAGGUCAAACAGUUCAGAGACCUCCUUCUUCCAACCUUCUCAGCGGCCUUAUGGGGAACUUGGAGCCUCCUGCAUCUUUACUGGGCCAAAGAGCACCCUCUCCUCCCAUGUCACAGGUGUUUCAAACUCGAGCAGCUUCAGCAGACUAUCUUCGUCCAAGGGUACCAUCACCAAUUGGUUUCACAUCAGGACCCCAGCAGCUACUUGGAGAUCCAUUCCAAGGCAUUCGCAAGCCCAUGAGCCCUGUCACAGCCCAGCAGAUGAGCCAGCUAGAGUUGCAGCAGGCAGCUUUGGAGGGGCUGGCCCUACCACAUGACCUUGCAGUACAGGCAGCAAACUUCUAUCAGCCUGGUUUUGGCAAACAACAAAUGGACAGAACCAGAGAUGGGUUCAGAAACAGGCAACAGCGAGUGUCAAAGUCACCAGCACCCAUGCACCGAGGGAAUUCCUCUUCCCCAGCUCCUGCUGCCUCCAUCACAAGCAUGCUUUCUCCUUCCUUCACCCCUACCUCAGUGAUUCGGAAGAUGUACGAAAGCAAAGAAAAAAGCAAGGAGGAGCCAACAUCUGGAAAAGUGGUUCCUAGUGAUGGUAAAGAGGACACUCAGAAGGCCAGUGAAGAGAACCUGCUGUCAUCUAAUUCCAUACCCAGUACGAAUCGAGACUCUUCUCCCACAACAAAUCCCAAACUUCCGACAUUGCAGCGGUCUUCGUGCUCCACCCCACUGUCCCAGACCAACCGUUAUACCAAAGAACAAGAUUAUCGACCUAAAGCAGCUGGGAGGAAAACACCCACCUUGGCAUCCCCCGUGCCAGGAACACCUUUUCUCCGCUCUGCCCACCAAGUUCCCCUCGUUCCCCAUGUUCCUAUUGUUCGGCCUGCUCACCAGCUUCACCCAGGGUUAGUCCAGAGGAUGCUAGCCCAGGGGGUACAUCCACAGCAUCUUCCAAGUUUGCUCCAAGCUGGUAUGCUUCCUCCUGGUAUGGACCUGACUCAUUUACAGGGAAUAUCUGGCCCAAUUCUGGGACAGCCUUUGUACCCUUUUCCUGCUGCUAGUCACCCUCUCCUAAACCCUCGUCCUGGGACACCUCUGCAUCUGGCAGUGAUGCAGCAACAGCUGCAACGGUCAGUUGUGCAUCCUCCAGGCUCGGGUUCCCAGGCAGCAGCUGUCAACGUUCAGACUCAGAAUGUGCCCAGCCGGUCAGGCCUGCCCCACAUGCACUCACAGCUGGAGCGUCGCCCCAGCCAACGAAGCAGCUCCCCAGUGGGCCUUGCCAAAUGGUUUGGCUCAGAUGUGCUGCAGCAGCCCCUGCCCUCCAUGCCCACCAAAGUCAUCAGUGUAGAUGAACUGGAAUACCGACAGUGAGUAGGACAGGCAGGCUGCAUGGUCAGGAUUCUACUUCCCCAUCUUUGUUCAUGAGCUUUUACUUUGGAGCACGUUGUAUAAAGCUGUUAGGGGACCCACAUGAUCUACACUAUGAUGUUAACCAAUCGAGUGGAACCUACGUGGUCUGAAUACAGGAUACACAAUGUUGUUGAUCCUGGAAGGUCUGUCUGUCUUUUAUAAAAUAUGUGAAUGAAGUGUUGGUGUCUUCACCAAGAGGUGGCACCUAAGGGUUCUGAGGAAAUAAAAUGUAUAAACCCUUAUGUACAGAUCUGUGUAUAAACUUUUGUACAUACAUAUAGGAUAGCUCUUUUUGAACUCUACAGCUGUACAUAAAGUAGCUAUUAGUUAAGCCUGUGUCAACUGUUUGGAUUUUUCACUUGUACAUUUGGGACUUUUUUCUUUUGGUUUAUUAAAGUUGCAUAUGCCACGUGUGUGAAUGAA